UGAAAGUCUUUUAUAAGUCAUGAAAGCCCAUAUUCGGACACGACCAAAUCCACCCCAAGUCAACCAUUCUGUUACAACUUACAACCUUGAACUUGCCACUCUCUUUCUCCACAACCACCACCGUUAUUCUCCCCAUAAUCCGAUUCAAUGGGCGGCAGCUGCAGCUCCACCGCCGCCACCAGCGCACCAUCCUCCCAAGCUCACAAUAACACUGCUGAAGCCAAUCGACCCUCCAAUGGCAUCAACGUCCUCCAUCCCCAUUCCAACCCCACCCCACACAAACCCCCGCCCCCUUCCUCCUCAUCCGCCCCCAUCGGCCGGGUGUUGGGCCGCCCCAUGGAGGACGUCCGCUCCUCCUACGUCUUCGGUAGGGAGCUGGGGCGGGGUCAAUUCGGCGUGACUUACCUGGUGACUCACAAGACCACGCGCGAGCAGUUCGCGUGCAAGUCAAUCGCCACGCGGAAGCUGGUGAACCGCGAUGAUAUCGAGGACAUCCGCCGGGAGGUGCAGAUCAUGCACCACCUCACCGGCCAUCGCAACAUCGUCGAGCUCAAGGCGGCCUACGAGGACCGCCACUCCGUCAACCUCAUCAUGGAGGUCUGCGGCGGCGGUGAGCUCUUCGACCGCAUCAUCGCCAAGGGACACUACUCGGAGCGCGCUGCCGCCAACCUCUGCCGCCAGAUCGUGACGGUUGUCCACAACUGCCACUCCAUGGGUGUGAUGCACAGAGACCUCAAGCCCGAGAAUUUCUUGUUCCUCAGUAAGGACGAGAAUUCCCCUCUCAAAGCCACCGACUUUGGUCUCUCCGUCUUCUUCAAGCCAGGAGAUGUGUUUAAAGACCUUGUUGGGAGCGCCUACUAUGUUGCUCCGGAGGUUUUGCGUAGAAGUUAUGGGCCUGAAGCUGAUAUUUGGAGUGCCGGCAUUAUCUUGUACAUUCUGCUCUCCGGUGUCCCACCCUUCUGGGCAGAAAAUGAACAGGGUAUAUUUGAUGCUAUUCUUCGUGGACGCAUUGAUUUCUCAUCAGAUCCUUGGCCUUCCAUAUCGAGCAGUGCCAAAGAUCUGGUCAAGAAGAUGUUACGUGCUGAUGCCAAGGAACGGCUUUCAGCAGUUGAAGUCCUUAACCAUCCUUGGAUGAGAGAAGAUGGAGCAUCUGAUAAGCCUCUUGAUAUUGCUGUUUUGAGCAGAAUGAAACAAUUCAGGGCAAUGAACAAGCUAAAGAAAGUAGCUUUGAAGGUUAUUGCUGAAAGUCUUUCUGAAGAAGAAAUCAUUGGCUUGAAAGAGAUGUUCAAAAGUAUGGACACAGAUAACAGUGGAACAAUAACUUUUGAAGAGUUGAAAGCUGGUCUCCCCAAACUCGGUACGAAGCUUUCUGAGUCUGAAGUAAGGCAGUUGAUGGAAGCGGCUGAUGUAGAUGGAAAUGGAACCAUUGAUUAUAUUGAAUUUAUAACAGCUACCAUGCACAUGAAUAGAAUGGAAAGAGAAGAUCACCUAUAUAAGGCCUUUGAAUAUUUUGACAAGGAUAAAAGCGGGUACAUCACAAUGGAAGAGUUGGAAUCUGCCCUUAAGAAGUAUAAUAUGGGUGAUGAGAAAACAAUAAAGGAAAUUAUUGCCGAAGUUGACACAGACCAUGAUGGAAGAAUUAACUAUGACGAGUUUGCAGCCAUGAUGAGGAAAGGCAACCCGGACUUGAAUGUCAACAGACGUCGCAAAUAACGAGAUCAAGUUGAAUUUGAAGUUCCCCUUUUCCUACUGAUUCAGAAGCAGAGGAGGCUCAGGAUGAAGGAUGAUCCAGCACUCUUUUAUCACCUGUUAGUUUCAUCUUUGGAGAGCCCUUCCUUUAACAAUAACUUGUCUUUAUUAGCUGAGAUUGGUCAUUUAUAUUAUUUUUUGCGCGUCCAGUCAGACAAUUUUCUAUCCACUGUUUGUAGUCAAGAAAUGAUCAAUAUGUACAAAUUUUUGAAACAGAUUAGUCCCUUUUCCCCCCUGAUAAGGCAGCCAGAAACCGAGAGUUCCAAACAUUGAAUGUUCCUUAUUUCAUGAUUUAUGUUAAGCAAUAUAUCAUGGCAUCUUCAUUUCU